GAGUGCGCACGGCCUGCGCGUCCUCCGCCCGCCAGCUCGCCUGCCCGCCGGCCCAACCGGCCCGCGACCCAUGUCCCGCCGCAAGGCCGGCUGCACGCCCCGCCGAGUAGACCCCGCGCCCGCCGCCAACCCAGACGACGAGCUGGAGAUGCCGGACCUCGUCAUCGAGAUGAAGACCGAGCCGGUCGCUCGGCCCCUACAGGCCCCGGGGUUCGGGCUCUUCUCUCCGAAGGAAAUGCCUGCGUCGGGGCAUUUCGAGGGCGAACCCUGCCACUCCUCCGGCCACGCGCCCGCCGGGGGCCCCCUCCACGCCCUCGGCGCGCGGAACCAGUGGGCACUGUGGACGCCACUGGUCCCCAGCCUUAUCGACCGCCAGCCCUGGACCGACAAACACCCAGAUCUGUUGACCUGCGGUCGCUGCUUGCAGACCUUCCCCCUGGAGGCCAUCACUGCUUUCAUGGACCACAAGAAACUGGGCUGCCAGCUCCUCAGAGGCCCCAGCCCUUGCCAGGGCUCAGAACGUAAGGACCCAAAAGCCUUGAGCUGCCUCCGCUGCGGCAGAGAGUUCACAGGGGCCUGGAAACUGCUGUGCCACGCCCAGUGGGACCAUGGACUGUCCAUCUAUCAGACAGAGGUUGAGGCCCCAGAGGCCCCGCUGCUAGGCCUGGCAGAGGUGGCUGCGGCCAUGUCGGCAGUGGUGGGGCUGGAAGCCGAGGCCCAGGGCUCCCAGGUGAGCAGCGUGCCCCGGCGGAGCUCUACCUGCCCUGUGUGCAAGAAGACCCUCAGCUCCUUCAGCAACCUUAAGGUGCACAUGCGCUCGCACACAGGUGAGCGGCCCUACGCCUGUGACCAGUGUCCUUAUACCUGUACCCAGAGCAGCAAGCUCAACCGCCAUAAGAAGACCCACCGGCAGCUGCUGCCUCAGAGCCCCUGCACGGCUACUGCCAGUCAGGAGCAGGCCUCUGCCACCGCCCCUCCAGAGCCAGCUGCCCAUGCCGCUGCCCCGGCCAGUACCCUCCCAUGCCGCGGUGGCGAGGGGGCUGGAGCUGCCGCUACAGCAGGAGUCCAGGAACCCGGGGCUCCUGGCAGUGGGGCUCAGGUGGGCCCUGGCGGGGACCGCUGGGGAGCUGCUACCAAGGAACAGAGACCUGACCCUGCAAAGAGCCAGAAAACAUCCCCCAAGAAGACACCGAAGCCAGUGGGCAAGAGCCGUGGGCCCGGGGGCAGCUGCGAGUUCUGCGGGAAGCACUUCACCAACAGUAGCAACCUGACGGUGCACAGGCGCUCCCACACGGGCGAGCGGCCCUACACCUGCGAGCUCUGCUCCUACGCCUGUGCCCAAAGCAGCAAGCUCAACCGCCACCGCCGCAUGCACGGCCUGGGCCCCGGCUGCACCCGCUUCGAGUGCCCCCACUGCUGUGUGCCUUUCGGCCUGCGUGCCACCCUGGACAAACAUCUGCGGCAGAAGCACCCCGAGGUGGGUGGGGAGGCCUAGCAGCAAGAAUGUCCUCUCUGCUGUCCCUGGAACCCCUGUUGCUCCUGUCUCCUGUUCUUCCCCUGCUACAAGUAAACUCUCCCUGCCUUGUCACAUA